AUUAACGAAACACCCUAUGUGAUCUUCAUUCCACAUGUAAAGUUGUAUUUCAAAACGUUCUUUUGUUAUGAACUUUUAUGAUUUAAAAGCAAGUCAGAAUACAUUUUCAUUUUCAAAUUUGGUUAGAGUGACCAACUUUUAGAGAAGAACAAAUUGUUAAAAUUACAACAUAACGUAAUACUUAUUAAUUUGUAACCGAUUAUUGUCAAUAUGUGGUGUCUUGAAGAAUACCAAGGUCGUUGCAUUUAUAUUCUGCCAGAACAUAAAGUAUCUUUUGGCAAAUCUAUAAGCAACAUCCAGAUUAAAAAUGAUAGCACAAUAAGCAGGCUUCAUGCAGUUGUUUCGAUAGAACCUUGUGAAGAAUCUGAACUGCAAUAUAAAUGUGUUAUAUGUGAUGUAUCCAAGUACGGAACAUAUAUUUUGCGAAAUGAAGAGAAGAAAAGAUUGCCUAAAGAUGAAAAGUUUGUUCUAAAACCUGAUGACAAAGUGCAAUUUGGCCUAAAACACAGUAUCUUCAUUGUGACAUAUCAUUCCUUUGUGGUUGUGACAUCGAGUUUGAACAAAGAAGAAGCAGCCAAAUUGAAGAGCAUUAUGACGAAUCUUGGAGGUACACUAUCUGACAGCUGGAAUGUUUCCUGCACACACCUGACAGUGCCUAAGCAGUUUUUGUUCACUACAAAAUUGGCUUGUGCAUUAGCCUCUGCCAAAACAAUUGUCACCAUUGCAUAUUGGGAAGCAGUAAUGGAAGCUGUGGAGAAAACCAAAGAAUUGCCUAAAAUCAGUGAUUUUCUACCUACUGUAAAUGAGAAUUGGCUGCAAGCUAGUUCGAAAUUAUUCUUACCUAAGGAAGAACGCAAGACGCUAUUUUGCGGCCUGUUUUUCGUGCACUUCUGCGCGAAACAAUAUGCUUCGUACAAUUGUAUAAUUUACGCGGCAGGCGGAAGAUCGUGUAUAUAUCCUACAAAGAAGCCUUUGACACCUCGGGAUCUGAUGGCCAAGAAUGCUGUUAUUAUACAACAGCCUGCCAAUGAUUCCUCGCAAUUCACAGUUCAAACUAUCGCAACAGAUUAUCCGAUCAUUCAUCACAAACUGAGUGUGCUCAAGCGCAGAAUGAUCUCCGACUCAGAAAUCCCACUUGCCAUUCUGAACUGCUCCACCGAGAGAUUUUGCAAUCCUACAUUUGACUUCGGCACACUUCUUAAAUCGAGCACGCAAACGUUCUCCCCCUCUGGUUUGGUGAUUGUUGAAGACACACAGGAUGUGCCGUUGACAAGUAAUAAGAGAAAACACGAAAGUAACGAACAGCAACGAAUUAUUCCCGAAACUCUCGACUCGCCGUUUGACAGUGAUAUCUCAAAAAGAGCACGUCCCGAAAGUAAGGAGAGAGAUAUUCCCGGGAACAGCAAGAACGGAAGCGGUAUUGCCUGUAUCUUUUCCAGCACGGCCACCAAACAACCCCGAAUUAUUCCGGAAACUUGCGAUUCCUUAGACAAAACUUUAAACAAAAAUGUCGCGAAUGACAAUUUCUCUCGGAGUAGCACCAGAAACCCUCGAGUUAUUCCUGAAUCUUGGGACAAAAGUAGCGUGGAUGAUUUCAGUGUAGGAAAUGAGUGUCGCGUGAAAAAUUUAUUGCAAGUAGAUGUUGAAGCUAAACAACAAGAAGAAAUUAUUUUGGAGAAAACGAAUAACUCUGUUCCCGAAAAACGUAAUUUAAUCUUUGAGAAAGAGGAUCUGUUACUUGAAGAUAAUAAUACGACAUUUAAAAAACAUAAUUUGUCACUAAAAAGAAAGAACUUGAGUUUUGAAAAGCGCAAUCCUCUUCUCGAAAAGAAUAAUUCAACUAAUCAGAAUGUCGAGGAUGAGAGUGAAAGCUGGAAGAGCUCAAAGGGGCCACGUAUUGUAUCGAUAGAGAAGAUCAAUGUUGGUGGUAAAGACAACAUCUGUACAGAUCGAGUGACGGAAAAGUCGUUGGAAAAAGACUGUUCCAGAGUUGAAGAGACUCCAAACUUAAAAUUAAAACAUCAAGAUAAACGUGAUAAAAAAGUAAUCGACGAAAACAAGGGAGAUAAAGAAAGGGAAGAAAAGUCGCGAAAAAUGGGAACGAAAGAAGUGAGGAUAGAGAAAAGUGAUAAGAAUAAAGAAGAAAAACCCCGAAAAAUAAGAACUGAUUGGUAUGAUAACUACUUAGGUUGCGAGUUCACGGAUGAGAUCCUGCGCAAAAGCGAACCGUGCGGCAAAAGAUUCGUGAAGGCAUUUGUUCCGACCCCCGUUAGAAAACUGGGUUCAGAUGACUUUGUUCUGUGAUUUGCUAAGAAAAGUGACUUACACACAGUGAUCAAAUCACACGUGCAAAUAAAUAGUUGUUCCUUUUCAUACCUUUUGUAUUAUCUAUAAUUAAUAACAGAUAAAAAUGAUAAUAUCUUCGAAAUUAAUAUUUAAAAUUUUACAUGUUUAUUGUUAUUAAAAGAAAGGAAGAAUGCAUUUUUUUGUAAAUAAAAAUUGUUGCUAAAGAAGCCUUAUGUUUCCGAUAAGGCUAGAAUAAAUAAUAAAAAAGCAGAAAUAUAUGUAUUCUGUAUAACUGAUAGAUACACAGUUUGUACUACAUUUUUUAUUUUUGUAAAAAAUAUAUUUAGAGAGAAAAAGAAA